ACGCUUUGUCCCUCUGCGCUCGCCGUACUCCAGUGUUGACAACAGACAUGGCGUCCUCAAUGUCACUGCUCGGCUUGGGACGGUUAGCUGUGAUCAACACCGCUUCUAGGGUGUUGCUGAACCCCGUCAGGUCUACAAGCACAUCAACAUGGAGGCUGGCAGAGAAACAAGGACAAGACACGCAACUUAUUACAGUUGAUGAGAAAUUGGACAUCAGUUCUCUGUCGGGCGUUCCAGACGAGCACAUCAAAACACGCAAGGUUCACAUCUUCGUGCCGUCUAAAACCGCCAUGCAGUCCGGAAGCAACAGCACCAAGAAGUGGAAGAUCGACUUCGACACCAGGGAGCGCUGGGAGAACCCGCUGAUGGGCUGGGCCUCCUCGGCUGAUCCUCUGUCCAACAUGACUCUGUCCUUCUCCUCCAAGGAAGACGCCGUCGCCUUCGCUGAGAAAAACGGUUGGAGCUACGACAUCACGGAGAGGAGGAGCGCCAAGCCGCGGGUGAAGUCCUACGGAGCCAACUUCUCCUGGGACAAGAGGACUAGGAGGUCCGCUAAGUGAACUGAAGACACACAUCUGCUGCUGGGCCUGACCUCCGCUGGUCCCACAGCCGACUUGUAUCGCUCUUGUCAAUAAAUGCAUAAUUAUAUACUUCUUAACCAAA